AUGUCCGCGACGGCGAUCACCAACCCUGUCACCCCGUUAGGAAAACCCCUUCCACCACAUGUGGAUAACGUUACCGUGGUCGAAUUCACGUUCUUCUCAACCCGUUAUUUGCUCGCCGCACAGUCGAUGGCGGAUGACGGCGAGGACCCCUUUCUCGCUGAGGGGCCUUCGCGACGCCCUCGCGACGAGGAGGAUCCCUCGAAGGGGUCUCAAUCAGCCCCCGGUGCGUCUCCGGAGUAUCUUUUCUUCGUUCUUGGCCACUGGCAGCCGUUCUUGACGGAGAGAGGGGGGGCUCGGAUGGGGUUGGUGGAUCCGGCAGGGGAUGUGGACCUCCCUCGUCGAGCGCUGGUGCGGCCUUUUUCGACUUUGCAUCGCGGCGGCGGGCGGCUGCAGUGGCCGAUCCGCGGUGCUGGUAAAAGUCGCUUUAUCGAAAUCCCAACCGAGGACGAAGAAAGUGGAAAGAAGCGGAUUCUCUCCGCGGUAAAUGGGAAUGCGUCGAAGGCGAUUGAGAUUCCAGUUUUGUACCAGACAAAUUCACCGGACGGCGUGGCGGUGCAUGUGUAUAGUGACGGCGACCUGCGCUGCGAGGCAGACCCCCUUUUGAACUUGAAGUGGAACCCUGAGGAUGAUGAAGGGCUGGAUUCCAAUACUGGCGUCGAUAAGAAACGGGAACACGACAAUACUCGGCCGCAUCGUAGCCAAACUUCGCUUGUAUCUUUUGUAUGCCACCCAGAGGAUGAAAUCUUGCGGUGGGCUCUCAAUGGGAAGUGCAAUCAGGAGAUCGUAGUCGGAACGCCAAGUGCGUGCACGCGAUGGGUGCUGGACGAGGCCGAAAGGCAGGUCAGCAUAUUUAAAAAAGUCGCCCAACAAUACGAAUCUGAGAGUUGA